AGCCCGGCGGCGCGUUCCCACAGACGGGCAGAGCGGGGCUCCCAUGGCGCUGGCUGGGCCUGUGACCCGGGCCCCCACGGACCUGGGCUCCCUUCUCCUCCUCUUCCUGCUGCUGCCCUGGGCCCCGGCCCUCGCCCUUCUGGCUGGGCUGGUUCCUUCAGAGACCCCAAGUGCCUGUGCCUCAGACCCGUGUGCUCCAGGGAUAGAGUGCCAGGCUACGGAGAAUGGUGGCUACAUCUGUGGGCCCCCGGAGCUCCAGGGCUGUGCCACACAGCCAUGCCACCAUGGUGCUCUGUGUGUGCCCCAGAGUUCAGAUCCUAAUGGCUUCCGCUGCUACUGUGUGCCUGGCUUCCAGGGACCCCGCUGUGAGCUGGACAUUGAUGAGUGUGCAUCCCGGCCCUGUCACCAUGGGGCCACCUGCCGCAACCUGGCUGAUCGCUACGAGUGCCUCUGUCCCCUUGGCUAUGCAGGCGUGACUUGCGAGUCAGAGGUGGACGAGUGCGCCUCGGCGCCGUGCCUGCACGGCGGCUCGUGCCUGGACGGCGUGGGCUCCUACCGCUGCGUGUGCGCGCCGGGCUACGCGGGCGCCAGCUGCCAGCUAGACGUGGACGAGUGCCAGAGCCAGCCGUGCGCCCACGGGGGCGUGUGUCACGAUCUCGUCAACGGGUUCCGAUGCGACUGUGCGGACACGGGAUACGAGGGCGCGCGAUGCGAGCAGGAGGUGCUGGAGUGCGCGUCGGCGCCCUGCGCGCACAACGCGUCCUGCCUCGACGGCCUGGGCAGCUUUCGCUGCCUCUGCUGGCCAGGCUUCAGUGGCGAUCGGUGCGAGGUGGACGAGGACGAGUGUGCAGCGGAACCUUGCCGAAAUGGGGGACAGUGCCUGCAACGCUCCGACCCAGCCCUGUACGGGGGUGCCCAGGCUGUCCUUCCCGGUACUUUCAGCUUCCACCAUGCUGGGGGCUUCCUGUGUCGCUGCCCUCCGGGCUUUGCAGGGGACGACUGCGGUGUGGAUGUAGAUGAGUGUGCCUCAUCGCCAUGUCUCAACGGAGGCCGAUGCCAAGACCUGCCCAAUGGCUUCCAGUGUCACUGCUUUGAUGGCUACACAGGCCUCACAUGUCAGGAGGAUGUAGAUGAAUGUCGAUCUGAGCCUUGCCUCCAUGGCGGAACCUGCAGUGACACGGUGGCGGGUUAUGUCUGCCAGUGCCCUGAGGCCUGGGGUGGACCAGAGUGUUCUGUAGAGCUCACUGGCUGUCAGGGCCACACCUGCCCACUGGCUGCCACCUGCAUCCCUACCUUCAAGUCUGGGGUCCACAGUUAUGCCUGCCGCUGCCCACCUGGUACCUAUGGACCUAGCUGUGGCCAGAACACCACCUUCUCGAUUGUGGCCGGGAGCCCUGUGUGGGCAUUGGUACCAGUUGGUGGCCCCCUGGGUCUGGCACUGAGGUUUCGUACCACAUUGCCUACUGGAGUGUUGGCCACUCGCAAUGACACCCAGGACAGCGUAGAGCUGGCCCUGGUGGGGGCUGCACUCCAUGCCACACUCUGGAGGCAUGGUACCAUGGCACUUGUCCUUAGACUGCCAGACCUAGCCCUGAAUGAUGGGUACUGGCACCAGGUAGAGGUGGCAUUCAGUGUGGCGACCCUGGAAUUGCGGCUCUGGCAUGAGCGCUGCCCUGACCAGCUCUGUGUGGUCUCUGGUCUUGUGGCAGCAGGUCCCAUGGCCUCAGUGGCUCCCGGGCCUGUCGGGCCUUGCUUUGUCCAGCUAGGUGGCUGGGCCCUCGUAGGCUGCCUCCAGGAUGUGCGUGUGGACGGGCACCUUCUGCUGCCUGAGGAGCUGAAUGGGACUGUGAUCCUGGGCUGUGAACGCAGGGAGCCUUGCCAGCCCUCACCCUGUGCUCAUGGAGGGACCUGCGUGGACCUGUGGACUCACUUCCAUUGUGACUGCCCGCGGCCUUAUGAUGGGUCCACAUGCACUGAUGAGAUCCCUGCUGCCACUUUUGGCUUGGGUGGUACCCUGAGCUCUGGCUCCUUUCUGCUCCACCAGCUGCCAGGCCCCAACCUCACCGUGUCCUUCCUCCUCCGCACUCGGGAGUCCGCUGGCCUGCUGCUUCAGUUUGCCAGCGAUUCAGCCACUGGUCUGACCGUCUUUCUGAGAGAGGGCCAGAUCCAGGUCGAAGCACCCAGCCGUCCUGCUGUGGUCCUCCCUGGGCGAUGGGAUGAUGGACUCCGCCACUUUGUGACGCUCAGCCUUGGGCCUGACCAGCUGGAGGACCUGGGGCAGCAGCUGCACGUGGGUGGCAGGCUCCACCCUGCCGACACCCAGCCUUGGGGCGGGCCUUUUCGAGGCUGUCUCCAAGACCUGCGACUGAAUGAUGUCCACCUCCCUUUCUUUCCGGGGCGGGUGGAGAACUCAAGCUGGACCAGCGAGCUAGACACUGGCCAGUCCUGGAAUCUUACCCAGGGUUGUGUUUCCGAGGACGUAUGCAGUUCUGAUCCCUGUUUCAACGGUGGAACUUGCCUUGUCACUUGGAAUGACUUUCACUGUACCUGCCCUGACAACUUCACGGGGCCCACCUGUGCCCAGCAGCUGUGGUGCCCCAGCCAGCCUUGCCUUCCGCCUGCCACCUGUGAGGAAGUCCCAGAUGGUUUUGUAUGUGUGGCCGAGACCUCGUUCCGCGAAGGGCCCCCGGCUGUGUUCAGCGGGCACAGCGUGUCGUCCGGGCGCGAGCUCAGCGGGCUCUCGUUGGCCUUCCGCACGCGCGACCCCGAGGCGGGGCUGCUGCGCGCCGCCGCCGGCCGGGCGGGCGUCUGGCUGGCCGUGCGCAACGGCUCGCUGGCAGCCGGGGUGUCGGGCGCGGAGCUUCCCGUCCCCGGGCCGCUCGUGGCCGACGGCGCCUGGCACCGCGUGCGCCUGUCUCGGGAGCGCCCGGCGGCCGCCGCGUCGCGCUGGCUGCUGUGGCUGGACGGCGCGGCGACGCCCGUGGCGCUGCGCGGCCUGGCGGGCGACCUGGCCUUCCUGCGGGGCCCGGGCGCCGCGCGCCUGCUGCUGGCCGAGAACUUCACGGGCUGCCUGGGCCGCGUGUCUCUCGGAGGCCUCCCGCUGCCUGUGGCUCGGCCGCGGCCCGGCGCGCCCCCCGGAGCCAGGGAACACUUCUCCGCCUGGCCGGGGACGCCCACGCCGCGCCUGGGCUGCAGCGGCGCGCCCGUGUGCGCGUCCUCGCCCUGCCUGCACGGCGGCGCCUGCCGCGACCUCUUCGAUGCCUUCGCGUGCGCCUGCGCCCCGGCCUGGGAGGGGCGCCGGUGCGAGGCCCGCGCUGACCCGUGUCGCUCGGCGCCCUGUGCCCGCGGGCGCUGCCACGUGCGCCCCGACGGGAGCUUCGAGUGCAGCUGCCCGCCAGGCUUCUCCGGCCCGCGCUGCAGGUUGCCUGUCCUGCCCAAGGAAUGUAGCCUCAACACUACCUGCCUUGAUGGCAGCCUGUGUCAGGGUGAACCCCAGAGCACUAACUGCAGCUGCCAGGAGGGCCUUGCUGGCUGGAGGUGUCAGAGGCCUUCCUUGCCCUGUGAAGACAACCCCUGUUUGAAUGGGGGUACGUGCCGGGCAGCCAGUGGCAUCUCUGAAUGUAUCUGCAGUGCUGGAUUCUCUGGCCAGUUCUGUGAAGUGGUGAAGGGCCUGCCCUUGCCCCUGCCCUUCCCACUGCUGGAGGUAGCCGUACCUGCUGCCUGUGCCUGCCUCCUCCUCCUCCUCCUGGGCCUCCUCUCUGGGGUUCUGGCUGCCAGAAAGCGUCGUCAGUCAGAGGGCACCUACAGCCCUAGUCAGCAGGAGGUGGCCGGGGCCCGGCUGGAGAUGGACAGUGUCCUGAAGGUGCCACCUGAGGAGAGACUCAUCUAGGCCAGGUUGGCUGUCAGUGCCAUGCCCCUGAAGCCCUGUAGGAUCUCUGCCUGGAGACCCAAGAAGACCAUUUCCAGAGCCAGGACACCUGCUGUGUGUGUUCCUGGUCGCUAGCAGCUCUUGCUUCUGCCUAUCAUGGACUCAAGAAGAGGGGAGCAACUCAGGGAUGCAGAAAGGCCAGUGAGGUUGGGAACCUCUCUGGUGUGCUGGCCUGUGCCACAGCAGGCAUGAGGCUGUACGUGAGGGAAUACAUGGGCACCUGUGGUAUGGCAGGUGUGUGUAAGCAUGUGUGUAAGGGACUUGUUGGUCUGCAGGUUCCAGUGUGAGUGUUGUGACAUGUCUCUUGCUGUGUGCCUACAUGACUGUAAUGGGAACAGGUGAUCCCAUUGGGGAGGUGGCUGCUGCAUGGGUAGGGACAGCCUGUAUGUCUCUGGGACAGGGGUAGCCCAAGGCUGCACCUUCUCCAGCAGGCCAAGCCAGAGCUCGCCCAAGCACCUAGGCAGUGGUUCUGGCAUCUUGUCCCACCUCCAAGGACGGCUCCUGCCAUGGAGACAGCUGGAAAACGGGGGAGGGGCAUUUUGGAGAAAGCUGGGCUCUUGGCUCCCAGAACAAAAGCUCCUUCAAGCAGAUCUGACUGCCCUAUGCCAGGGCCAGUCCCAGUCCCAUUCACUGACCCACGUCUGCAGGGCAGGCUCAUAGGAACAGAAGAACCUCUGCCCUGAGCUCCCCUGCCAUGGGCAUUUGUAGGAAUGGGGUGGCCCUCCUGUCUACCUCACAGGGCUAUUGUAAGGAUCAGGGAGGCUCACAGCAGAGAACUCCAGAAGUCUUUAAAUUCCUGUCUGAUAAGAAGGACUGUGGGGUGUUCUUUUAGAUGGUGGGAAGUGUCAUCUGUGUCAGACUUGAAGGUGCUUUCUAGGGCCUGGUAAGGCGGCCUUCCCUUGUCAGCCCUCACAAACACCACUUCCGGGUUCUCCAACUAGACCUGCUCCUUCGACUGCUAGAUGGGUUGCCUGAGUGUGGCUGUUGAUUCAAGCCAAGGAAAUCCUCAGUUUGCUAAACCCUGUGCUCAGUAGACACUGGACAGCCUCUGAAUCUGCCUGCCCAAGGGUGCUCAACAUGCUGCGACCUCUGACUCCAGGAGGACUUUUUCAGAGGGCUUACCCUUGAGCUUCCCAGAGUCACACUAACCUGGAGAUGUGCCCUUUUCAUUUCCCUGGGCUUAUGCUUCCUGACUGGGGGUUCCGUGUGCCAAUGCCAGGUGGUUCUUUGACAUAGUGGAGCUGGAGAGUGACUUUCUCUGGAAGACCUGGGGCUCAGUAGAGACUGACAGGGAUGAAUGCUAAGCCAAGGGGCCUGUUUGGACCUUUAUCCACAAGGAGGUGGGACCACUUUGCACCAUCUGUCACCAUGACACCUGGGAAAGAGCUUGCUGGUCCUUGGCACAGUUCUCUGUAGCCAAGACAUUUUCUGUGGAGCUUCCACAUACCGACCAAACAUUCCAACUUCACCUCAGUGACCCUGGUGACUGGCACAGAGUUCUCUUCCAAACACAUGCACAACUAGGGUGCAGACCACUCUGAGGCUCUGCUUUUGCUGAGAGAUUUUGAAGGGUGUGUCCCCAGGAAUGUUCAGGCCCUGUUGGUGGCCUACAGGACUGUACUAUGGUCUCAACAGGGCUGUGUGUGUGUGGGGGGGGGGGGGGCAGGUUGUCAACAGCCUAGUCUCCAUGGCCUCCUUGGGAAGGAAGGAGGCAAGCUGAGCUUGUUCAGAGCUCCAGAUGGGCAUGUGUGGGUCCAGGCCUUCUCCACCGCCCCUUGUCUGGCCUCUACUUUGAAGGACAGGUGGUGAAGAUUCUUGAGGGUGCACUCAGGCUCCCUCUACAGGAACUUCCUGAAGGACACAGGCGACAGCCUUCUACCCAAGAAUAUUUUAUUGAAUACACACACACACAGUUCAUCCUUGGAUUUGCACAUUCCACCCAGUGAGUGAAGAGACAGUGGUGUAUGUAUGCACACGCACGCUUGCCACCAGCCACCCCCAGCACAGCAGGGGGGAUGGUAUGGGUGUGUGCUGUCUUCUGGGCUGCCCAGCACCUCCCUCCUUCCCUUUGCCCCCUUGGCAGGGUGGGGGUCGGUCUUGCCCUUGUUGGCAUCUGGAGUUUGCCAGGGCAGGGAGUUGGAAUUGGAUGCAGCCAUGCUGAAACACCUGAAUGCCUAGGAGGGUCCCAUAACCCAGGUGAGCCAUGGCUCCCAGAAUGGAAGAGCCCCAAGGAGGGCUUUGUGCCAGAUCCCGGCUCUCCUAGCUUCUCAGAUGAGGGAGCUCCCUGGGGUGACCAGGACCUCCUGAGACCCACCUGUUCCUAUCAGAAACUGGGGUAGACUGUCUGACCAUUUCAAGUAGGAAAUGAGAAAUCAGGUCAAAUGCUUACAAUUUCCUGCAUGCCUCUGAUGGUUGUUUUCUUAAGUGGUUAGGCUUUGUUUUACCGUGGUUUAUUGAAAGGAGUCAAUUUUAAAGAUUCAACAAAUCAAUAAGGUAAAAAGGAAAAGAAAAAGAAACAAUAAAACAUUUCAUUAUAA